AUGACUAUCUUCUACUUGUACUCCGUACUCUUCCCUCCCCUCCUUCUCGGCUACGUCUCCGGAACACGCCAUGGCAUGCUUGUCUUUCUGCAGCCCGCGUUCCCUAGGCCCGCGGGCUCGUCGGCCGUCCGCCGCUUGCUCGUUUCCCGGGGCGCAGCACGCCCUACGGUCCGGCGCUUGAAUGACCAAGGAAGGGCCAUGGACCCCGAGAUCACAAAGUGGUCUACGGAUACUCCUGCCAGCGUUUUCCUCGCCCCCUCCCCUCGAUCUCCCGUCUCCCGUCUCUCAUCUCCCGCACUGCCCCCAAUCUCGGCCGGGAAGACGCUGAUCGUGAUUUACUCUCCCAACCGUGCUGACCACCGCGUAUCACCAUCGUCGAGCCAGGAAUCAUAA